AUGAGCAACAAAGGUAAAGAGGUACAAGGUGUGAGGGAUCUCAAGGGUAAGAAAAGAAUGUCAGCAGGUGACUCUAUCGCCUCCGGUGCACCUUCUAAGCAAUGUAAACAUAACGGUCCUCGUUAUAAUGAUGGAGAUUGUGUGCUUCUGAGGGCCUCUGAUCCAGAUGAUCCACCAUGUGUGGCUCAGAUUGUAGGAUCUAAGGCUAACAAAGUGGAAAUAAGAAGAUUCUACUCGCCCCAAGACACUGACUUUUGGAGGAAAGACUAUCACGGGAAAAAGGAACUGUUUUUAUCUAACCAAUUCGAUACUCAAAGUCUUGAUUGCAUCCUAGGAAAGUGUACGGUGCACACUUUCAAAGAAUAUAUGGAGCUUGAAGGCCGGCGUUCUGAUUCUGCUUACUAUAGUCGCUUUGAGUAUGAUGCUUAUAGUAAAAAAUUGAUUGAUGUCAAGGAUGCUGAUUGGCUAUGCAUUUGCGGAAAUCCUUACAAUCCGGAUUUAUAUGUCCAAUGUCACAUAUGCAAAUCAAGGUUCCAUCCAGUUUGUGCGAACACUAUUGCAAAGAGUUCAUGCAUUAUUUGUUGUGAUAAGUGCAAGAACUCUCCUAGCCAGGAGCAAGCUGCUGACGAACGCUUUGAGAGGUAUCUCAAGUUCGCGAGGAUGUUUAAAGAUAUCUAA